AUGUCAGAUUGCUUACAUUUGGCCAUGAUGAUACCAUUUAUUCUUAAUAGAUUCUUAAAGCCCACACACUUCAAAAAACUUGAACUUGCUUUAUUUCAACGACAAACAGGAGUUUCCCGAAGUGAUUUAGCUGUGAACUUUUGGAUAAAAUGUUGGGUAUUGAUGGCAAGAACAAUGACAAUAGCAUUUAAACAUUCUUUUACAGAAGAGGAUUAUAUUCAAUUGCAUGAAUGUUUAGAUAGUGAAAGAAAAUUAUUUUCGCAGGCAUUUGAAGAUUUCGAGAAUCUUCCAAAUUUACAUGUUAAUUAUCAUUUAUUGCUCCACGCAAGAAAUUAUGCAACAUUGUUAAAUACAGGUGUAGGGACAAAAGAAAUGGUGCACCGCAUAUUCAAAAAUAUUGUAAUACGAAUAAAUCGAAAGAAUAUUGAACUUGACUUAUUAAAACGAUAUACAACAUUAUUUGCAAUACGCCAUCUAUUUGAUGGAGGUAUUGAUAAACGAUUUUCUUCUACAAAUAAUGCUUUAACAAACCUUCCAUAUCACUUAAAACGGUUGAUGAAUGACUGGUUCAUUGUUGAAAAACCCUUUGAUCCUGAAGAAGAUAUAAGCAAUGAUGAAUAUAUUUCAAAUAUAGUUUUAAAGAAGCGUAUACCAAAAAAAUAUGCUGAAAAAAUUGUGCCAAACGAUUCUGGCUUUCGUAGAGAAUUGGCAUCAGUAUACCAAGAAAUGGGCUAUGAAGCGGCAUUUUUUGAAAGUUCAUGUCGAUACUAUGAACUUAUUUGUUUUUCAGUAGAAGAUAAUGGAAUUAAUACACAAUAUCGUCUGCAUGUCGGUGAUGUUGUUACCACUAUUUCCGAAGAAGAAGGUGAAACUUUUGCACUUCUGCAAUCAAUUUUUAGCCAUAAAAGGAAUAAUCAACGUUUUGCCUUUAUUGUCAUUGAUAAGUUCGAAAUUACUAAUCAAAAGAAGUUAGAAUGUCCAGUUUAUAGGCUUCGGGAUACACAAAGGAUCCGUCCUAUAAGCGAACUUGAUACAAAUAGCACAGCGCAUUUUAUUCAUUAUUGUAAUGAUGAUGAAUGUAUCAGCGGUAGUUGUCACGAUUUUGGGAAUGAUUUAUAUAUAAAAAACAUGUAUUUCUUCAAAGCUAUAUAAUAUAUUAUCACUUCGCUACAAAGUAUUAUAUAUUACAUGAACAAUUAGCAACAAAUCAUUUACUAAUUCUUUACGAAGUAUU